GGUUUUCAGAGUACCUCAGCACCGAUAGCUGAAGUGUUACCCGAGAGCCCGCCUUUACGGAAACCAAACAAAGCCAAUCAUCGUCAAUUCGUCAUCAAGAUAACACCAACAAAUCCACACUUCCAUGGCCACCACCAACCUCUCAUUCCCCCACUUCUCCCUUCCGUCUCACCACCGCCACCACCACCGCCACAACCACCCCAACUUCUUCACUCUUCCGACCGGGGCCCGACCAGGCCGGAGAACCCAGGCUUUGGGCAGUGACAAGAUUGGAGAUUUUGGGGCCAGAGACCCAUUCCCGGCUGAGAUAGCCAGUAAUUUUGGAGAUAAAGUACUCGGCUUCGAAAACACAGAGCACAAGAUCCUCAUCCCAACUGUGUCUGCUUCCUCUCUUGCCCAGCAAGACUGCACCCCUGUCUCGCCUCUCCAGAGUCCUAUGCUCCAAGACGACGCUCAACAGCUCCUCAGGAAGGUUGUGGGGUGGAGAUUGAUAGAUGGAGAGGAUGGGCUGAAACUACAGUGCUUGUGGAAAUUGAGAGAUUACCAAUGUGGGGUGGAACUCAUCAAUAGGAUUUAUAAGGUUGUAGAAGCUGCAGGGCAUUUCCCAAAUCUUCACUUGGAGCAACCCAAUCAAGUUAGAGCUGAGCUUUGGACAUCUUCCAUCGGUGGAUUGACUAUGAAUGAUUUCAUUGUUGCUGCUAAGAUAGAUGCGAUCGUAACAUCGGAUCUCGUGCCGAGAAGAAGAGCUUGGGCUUAGUUGAAGCAUUGUGUGAUUGUGUAUUAUGGAUUUCGUCAGUUACCAGAAUGGUCACAAAGACUAAAAGUUUUUGUAGAAGUGUUAAAAGGAUGUUUUGUUUUCAGAUUUUCUUGUGUGCUGCUGAUGAUUGAUAGCUUGUUUAUCACAGAACUCCCUUCAUCUUGCAGUUCCAAGUUCAAUUGCCUAUGUUUUAGAACUUGGAACUGAACAAAUGAUUACUUGCACAGCAACUAGCCAACUACAAAGGUAUUAACUAUUAAG